UCUCAUUAAUAUUAAUCGAGCAUUACUGCUAUUGGUUAGUCUUCGUAAAGGGGCGUUGACUCGCGUCCGUCAUUCACCGCCGAGUGAUUCGCUGAUUCGCUAGUUAAAGUGACGCCCACUCUCUCAGGUCUGCUUUUAAGCCAAUCAAUUGCGAGUUUUAAAGGAACGUCGCCUUAUUUUAAUAUUUAUGAUCCGGAAGACAUUCAGUUUGAGAAGAUUACCCAAGAUGCUCGGCGUGCUUGGAGCAGGGGGGAAUGUGUGACAAUGGCAACAAAUACUACAGAAAAUAACCCACCUUUCGACUGUCCAUCAUGGGCAGGGAAGCCUCCAGCAGGACUGCAUCUGGAUGUGGUGAAAGGAGACAAACUCGUUGAGAAACUGAUCAUUGAUGAAAAGAAGUAUUAUUUGUUCGGGAGGAACCCAGACAUCUGUGACUUCACCAUCGACCAUCAAUCGUGUUCUCGUGUGCAUGCGGCGCUCGUCUACCACAGGCAUCUGAAAAGAGUGUUUCUCAUCGACCUCAACAGCACACAUGGUACGUUCCUGGGACACAUUCGCCUGGAGCCCCACAAGCCCCAGCAGGUUCCCAUCGACUCCACCAUGUCGUUUGGCGCAUCCACUCGUGUUUACACCAUCCGGGAGAAACCUCAGAGUCAGCCGGGCUCUGGCGUCGGGGACAGUAAAACCGGGGACGAGGAGGAGCUGAAGGGUCUUCUGGGACUCCCACAGGAAGAGACUGAACUGGAGAACCUGACCGAGUUCAACACCGCUCAUAACAAGCGCAUCUCCACCCUCACCAUAGAGGAGGGCAACCUGGAUAUUCAGAGACCUAAGAGGAAAAGGAAGAACUCCAGAGUGAGCUUCAGUGAAGAGGAUGAGAUCAUUAACCCAGAGGACAUCGACCCCUCUGUUGGACGUUUCAGAAACAUGGUCUCAACAGCUGUGGUUCCUAUUAAGAAGAAGAAACUUGGCGGAGGCAAUGCGCUGGGAAUCGAGGAAACCGUGACCCGACACAUGCACAUGUUCCCCCUGCAGGGUGGACUCUACAGAGACCUUCCCCCAGCCAGUCAUGAAGCUCAAUCCACAGGAGCGCCCGGCGGAGCCACAAUAAUGGGAGGUCUGCCGUUACCCCUGCCCAACCCGGCUCCAGACGUAGACCUGGCCCAGCAGGCCCCGCCCCCUCCGCUCGUGCUCAACCCCACGCCGUUACCCGGCCCCUACGCCUCCGACCCGCUCAGCGAACCCCGCAAGAAGAAGUACGCUAAAGAGGCAUGGCCUGGCAAGAAGCCCACGCCGUCUCUGCUCAUUUAGCUGGGUAUUACUAAUACAAGACUCUUCUUUACCCAUGAACUCUAUCUUGAAGAAUCUGGCAAACAGACUUUGAUUUCGACUGCGCUACAAGAAUCUGAUUGACUGCAAGAAUUUUGUAAUUUUUUAAAGAUCUUUCCUCCUACAUUAGCAUUGUCUCACUCUCGUGUCAUUCCAGACGCAUGGCACUUUCUAAGUUCACUGAAAUGCAAAAGGCCGAUUUCCUCUUUUGCACAGUUCAGUGAAAAAAAAUGUAAAAGUGCAUUUUGACUCAUUUCGCUCUGUUCCUCACAGAAUAAUCUGGUCUUAAUCAUUCAUUUUUGUUUUGUUGAAAGAGCUCCUUGGAUGUUUAGGACGCAUUAGAUCUUUUGUGUUUCAUAGGAACGUUGCAAUGACAUGAGGCUGAGUAGAUGAUGUAAUUGAAUGCAUUUUGAUUGAUCUAUUUCUUUAAAAUGCCAGCUUGAAUGUGAGAGCCUAAUGAAAAGCAGACAC